AUGCAAAUUGCUGGGCUCGGGCGGGAAUCGGCUCGUCUGGCCGGAAAAGCGGUUUCACAGAAUGACUUUUGCUGCUGGUCCGGCACAGAUCGUGCUCGAGCACAAGCUGCCCGACGAACGUGCACCUCGCACCGAGUGCUACAACUCAAUGCCAUCGUAGAUCAGGCCAAGGAUAGCAUGGAGCUCCCCCGUAACUCUAUAGAUGUCGCAUCUUCGAUCAUAGACAGCGGAACAGUACUUCGCAGAGACGAUGUACACCCGGCACUCGCUUUUUCACCUUGCCGGAACGGAAAAGGUGGAGAAUUUCAACAACGCUCGAGCGGGGAAGGAGCGCAGGAAAUGGUCAUCGGAAAUGAAUGA